CACAGCGUUGGAUAAGGAGCCUGGUAGCCAGCUGCAAGGACUCCAUCGGCUGGAUGUUCUCGAAGCUGGACACCAACAGUGACCUGUAUCUGGACCAAGCUGAGCUGGCUGCCAUUAACCUGGACAAGUACGAAGUCUGCAUCCGACCCUUCUUCAACUCCUGCGACAGCUACAAAGAUGGGAAGGUCUCGACGGCGGAGUGGUGCCUCUGCUUCUGGAGAGAAAAGCCGCCGUGCCUCGCUGAGCUGGAGAGGAUCCAGGUGCAGGAAGCGGCCAAGAAGAAACCUGGGAUGUACAUUCCCAGCUGCGAUGAGGACGGCUACUACAGGAAAGUGCAGUGUGACCAGAGCCGAGGGGAGUGCUGGUGCGUUGACCAGCAUGGUGGAGAGAUGAUGGGCACCAGAAUCCAUGGCAACCCUGACUGCGAUGAAGUGGCUGGAUAUUCCGGAGAUUUUGGGAGCGGGGUGGGAUGGGAGGAUGAGGAGGAAAAGGAAGCAGAGGACAACGGCGAGGAGGCAGAGGAGGAGGAAGAGGAGGAAGGCGAGGCAGACGACGGAGGGUACAUCUGGUAGAACUGUCUCGACCCCGCGCAGAGAGCCGAGUCACAGCUGCUGGCCUGAAAAUCUACAGGGGAUGGCUCUCUCCUGGCAGCGAAAGAUUUUGGAGUCGGACUGGGGGAGGCAUGGAAUUGUGUAUCAUCCUGGUGGGAUAUGUGGUGCCGGCAGUUCUCAGUGAUGAGAUAACGACCGGUUUUUGUCUUAGAUAGGUGUAAUUGCUUCAUUCUCUUCUCUGUUUUUUAAGCAACAGAGCUUUUUGUUUUGCCGUCCUGAAAAGCAGGACCCACUGACUACUGCGCCAUAGGUAGCUAAAGUCCAUCAGAAUUCCUAUCUUGUCCGACCGCCAUCUAUGCAUAUAGAGAUUACCAGUAAUUUUGUAUUGUGUGAACAAUUGCUUGAGUAUCUAGAGCCGCCGUCCCACUGGAAUGACAAGAGAUCAGAAUUUAAAGGAAUAGUUUGACAUUCUGGGAGAUAGGCCUGUUUGUUUUCUCACUGACCAUUAGGUGAGAAGAUUGAUACCAGUUUCGUCCUAGUACAUUAAAUAUGAUGCUAGAGCUAGACAACACUUAGUUUAGUUUAGCUUAGCUUAGCUUAGCUUAGCUUAGCUUAGCUUAGCCAAGCUUAGCUUAGCAUAAGAACUGUCCUGCCCACCAAAAUGUUUUUUGUAUAUGUCAAAAAACAUAUUAUAUCCUGGUUGUUUAAUCUGUACAGACAUACUCCAGUACAUAACACCCAAUAAUGCAAACAGUUGUUUUUACACUACAUGCUUGAGAUGCUCUGUCUUCACUAUUGUAUAGUAUAAUUUUCAGCCACAGCAGGCAGCUGUUUUCAGGAUAAAACCUCAAAAACCCACUGUACUUUAUCCUCUCAGCCCCAAACAGCACACAGACACAGUUAGCAACUAGCUUGUGAAUAUAGCAGAGUAUGUCUUUCCCCAGGAGUUGGUAGAGACCAAAAACAGAGCAAAAAGGGAGUGAAUAUUGGACUCAUGUCAGGUGGACAGAUACAUGACUCUAAAUCAAAGCUAAUGUUGAAUGAGUAAAUAUUCAACUGCAAUUAUAUGUUGAUGUUGUGCUUUCAAGUUGUUUUCUGCAAAAAUCAAUUAUUACAGGUUUGAGCUAAAUAGGCUAACCAUCUGCUGGUUCUUACUUCGUAUUUACUGUACAGAGAGUGGUGUCAAUCUCCUCCAACUCUCUGCAUUAAAUCAAACAAGCCUAUUUCUCAAAACGUCAAACUGUUAUUUAUAGCAGUUCAGCGCAAUGUGAUAAUGUAUUUCUAAACCGAUUCUGUAUAUAAAUCCAGUGUAAAUUAUCUGUGAAGCAAGCUUAGAAGAUUUCAGGUUACUAUGGUUUCAAGCUACCUUUAUGAUGAAGGUACACCACAGAUCACACCAGUUUUUAAAUUGUACAUGCUUUACAAAUUAAGUGGAUACACACAACUAUACAGGACCUACAUUUCCAGUUGGAUUACUUUUAUUGAAAACCUGUAGAAUGUACUUUAAUGACCAAACUGCACCUACAGUAGAAACCACUAAUCUGUGUCCUCUGCUAAUGCUGAAAUCAUGUCGAAGAAUGUGGCACAACUACGUUUUAUUCUGAGUUUGCAACUUGAAAAUCUGUAUUUUGUGUUUAUGAAAAAAAAUGUGUGCAUUACUUGAAGUUCUGUGUGUAUACUUGAAUUCACAUUGUAAUUUUUUUUCUAUGAGAAUAUUGUUGCCAUGUCUUCAUUCAUGCUAUUAAUAGGCCAGGCAUUUGGUUGUUUUUAGUAUUGCAUGUUAGUAAAUAAGAAUGUAAUUCUAGGCUGAGCACUUUACUAAUAAAGGCACUGGAGCCAA